AUGGCGGACACCGAAGGCGUGGUAACUAGCACAGUAGAAAACUUGACGGAGUCUGUUGCUAAUGCGCCAGUAAAACCGCCUGCAACUCCAGAAGGCAUACUAGUAUCAUGUGGAAGUUUGUUUCUCAUGGCAAUCAUACCCGUUUUUAUUGGAUCCUUUCGUUCUGUGACCUACCAUAAGGAACAGCAAGAAUCAGGAGAAAAGCCAGAAACCAUGUCACAUAAAGAUGCUGCUAUGUUCCCCAUUAUUGCAAGCUGUGCUCUCUUUGGGAUCUACAUUGUGUUCCAGAUCUUCUCCAAAGAGUACAUCAACUUACUGUUGACCGCAUACUUCUUCUUCCUGGGUGUGCUGGCACUUGCUCACAUCGCUGGACCUGUCUUCAGUAAGCUGUUUCCUGCAUCGUUUCCCAACCAGGAAUACCAUCUGAUCCUGACGCAAGGGGCACCUCCCAAGAAAGAAGACCUACUGAAUUACCAGUUUGACAGGAAAGAUUUGGUCACCCUGGCAAUCUGUGGUAUAAUUGGACUGUGGUACUUGAUAAAAAAGCACUGGAUAGCUAACAACCUGUUUGGUGUUGCUUUCGCUGUCAACGGUGUGGAGUUGCUGUCCUUGAACCGAGUUACAACAGGCUGCAUUCUCCUGGGCGGUCUCUUCGUCUAUGAUAUUUUCUGGGUUUUUGGCACAAAUGUCAUGGUGACAGUUGCAAAAUCAUUUGAAGCACCAAUCAAAUUGGUAUUUCCUCAAGAUAUUUUGGAGCGCGGUCUGGCAGCAGAUAACUUCUCCAUGUUGGGGCUUGGGGAUAUCGUCAUACCUGGCAUAUUUGUUGCUCUGCUGUUGCGCUUUGACAUGAGCCUCAAGAGAAAUUCGAGGGUGUACUUCUACACUGGUUUUGUUGCCUACUGCAGUGGUCUGCUUCUGACGAUGUUCAUCUUGCACUAUUUCAAACACGCACAGCCUGCAUUGCUGUAUUUAGUCCCUUUUUGCUUGGGACUGCCAAUUGGAGUCGCAUCACUGAAAGGGGACAUCAAAGCAAUGUUUGAAUACGAGGAUCAUCCAGACACUUCAAAAACAGAAGAGACGGCUAAGACAAAAUAG